AUCGCAACAAACAAGUGCAGCCUAGAAAGGACAAGCAGCAGCUUCCUAUCAUCUCAACCUGCAUAUAUCAUCCGCAUAAAAUAAAAUCAACAGACAAGGAGGUUGACUGGUCACGGUCUGCCAUCAUGAACAAGGACGGCCUCCACACCCAGAUCCACCUCCACCGUCCGCGCGACGCCGACCUGCUCGAGCAGUUCUGCCGCGACAAGCUGCCCGCGGACGACAUCUACGUCCCCGCGCAGCACCAACCCGUCAACCCAGAAGGCUACGCAGGCGAGGCGUGAGCCGGCGUGGCGGGAUCAUGGCUU